AUGAGGUUCACUAGUUUUUCGAGAUUUGCUCCGGAAUUGGUGGCAACAGAGGAGCGCUGUUGUUAUGAGUUUGAGAGGCGGUUGCGUGAUGAUAUCUGGGAGAAGGUGGUUGGUUCUAUGUGGGAGAAUUAUUUUGAUCUAGUCGAGGCGGCGGCCCAUGCCGAGGCUGUGGUUAGCAGUGUUGGUCGAAUUAGGGAGGAGGCCACUUCGAGUUUUGGCAGCCAAAUAUGGGACACUACUCUUGCCACUCAGGCAAUUAUAACAAGUAAUAUGGUUGACGAAUAUGGGGAUUCUCUUAAGAAGGCACAUGUUUACAUAAAAGAAUCACAGAUCAAAAAAAAUCCAGCUGGGGAUUUCGAGAGCAUGUAUCGUUGCUUUACUAAAGGAGCGUGGGCUUUGUCUAAUCAAGAUCAAGGUUGGGUAGUCUCGGACUGCACAGCUGAAUCACUGAAAUGUCUACUACGAUUUUCACAAAUGCCCACCGAAAUUGUAGAGGAAAAAGCUGACAAUGAAAGUUUAUAUGAUGCAGUGAAUGUCCUUGUAUUCUUACAGAGUCCUGAAAGUGGUGGAUUUGCUAGUUGGGAGCCACCAGUUCCACUACCUGCUUUCCGGAUGUUGAAUCCUUCAGAACUUUUUGCUGACAUUGUGGUCGAGACAGACCAAGCAGUUCGUAGAGGCAUUGAAUUUUUGUUUUCAACACAAAAUGAAGAGGGAGGUUGGGGAGAGACCUUUGAAUCAUGCCCUUCUAUGAAAUAUCAACCACUGGAAGGAAACAAAACAAAUCUAGUACAAACAUCAUGGGCUAUGUUGGGUCUUAUUUAUGGUGGACAAGCUGAGAGAGAUCCAACACCUUUACAUAGAGCAGCAAAGCUAUUGAUUAAUGCACAGAUGGAAGAUGGUGAUUUUCCACAAUAG